CAAAGAGUAGAUAUAACUCUAAGUAGAUGUAAAGAGUAGGUACACUCUGUGGUUCUGGAGCUAUCAGCUGACUUCUUUUUUGUUUCCCAUUUUUUCUAGGGAAUCCAGAUUUGUACUAGAGUCAAAAAGUCUAAAGGAAUGUAAAUUCCUUCGCUUACUGUAGUUUACAUAAAAUGUUUACUCUAUAAUUUUAGUUUUACAUUAAUUUUAUAAAAGUUAUCAUUGUUCGUUGCUUUCUCAUGUUUUAUAUACUUAAUGAGUCAGUUCACUGCUGGGUGUUGUCCUGUAUAGUGACAGUUUGUGUACACUUAUACUGCCAAUGAAACAGUUUUGUAAAUAAUAUUUUAUAAUUGUUAUUUAUUUUGCUGAGAAUAAAAUUAUUUAUUAUGAGUUUGGAGAAGGGUGAAGUCUGUGAUUUGUCAGAUGUUGUUUUAAACGAAAAUAUCAACACAGAUGAGCACGAUAAAAAAUCGUUAAAACAACCAGUACGUGUACUACAUUUUUCGGAUGGCGAUCUGGAAUAUUCUGAAGAUGAAGUGGAUACCACAGAAGUAAAUAAAGUAGAACAUAUAGACCCAAAAACCCUUACUUGGUUACCGUGGACUUGGUAUCAAACAACAUGGGUUGGUAACAAAAUAUUGAAUGGUUGUGAUUAUGUUGGUGAAUGGUUGGCAGAUUUUUUUGGCAUCACAUCCCCAAAAUAUGAAUUUGAAAUUAAUGAAUUUUAUAGACUUCAGGCUCUUGAAAAUGAAAAGAAACAUAAACAGGAUUUAGAAAUGGGAGGAUGGAAUCCUCAGAACCAAAAUAAUCUUAUUAAUAGUAAUAAUAUAUAAUAAAAUACUGAUUAUUGUAUUUUGCAAUAUUUAUUCACUAAAUUAAUAUUUUAUUAAUAAACAGUAUUAUCAAUACUGAAAUAUUUAAUACUUCAAAAAUCAUUUUCAUUUAUUUAAAUGUCACGCAUAAAAUAAUAAGUGUAUGAUACUUGAUUAAUGCAAAUCAGUAAUAUAAAUAAACAUGCAAGUAUAAAAAUGCUAUUUUUGUGAAAAAGUUAACAGUACUGUAAAUAGUAGUAGUUGAACAUGAGCUAAACAUUACUGUAAAUCGUUAUUUAUAUAGAGAAUGUACAAUAUACAAAAUUGUUUUGUUAUCAAGACACUUAAUAUUAAAAUAUUUUUAUACAUAAAUUGUGACAUAAAAAUCUUGUAUAAUUAAUAUACAUAUUAUAAUGACUUAAAAACAUGUAACUAAUUUCUAAAUACAGUUGUAUUAUAAAA